UUGGUGAGGGCGGCCGUUCUGGCCGGCGAGUCUUUGGGCGGAACCAAACCCGCGCACAUUGAGAGGCUGACGGCUGUGGUGCAGCGGCAGCAGCGGGGGAAGAAGCCUGGAGAGAGGACACGCAGGGGCGAACACCUUCGUCUGAUUCCCGGGUUUCUUUCACACUCCAAGCGGACUUUUUCCACCGGCGGAAUGUUCUCGACGUCUUGGAAAUGUUUGCUGCUACUGCUGGUUUGCGGCUGCGCAACGUCGCGUGCGCUAAAAAACGGCUCCAGUCCGAGGACUUUUGUCGUCUUUCGAGAUCCCGUCACAGAUGAACCCAUAGACGUUAACGUAAUUAUUGGACUAGAAACAAGCAAAUCCAGUCCCUCCAGCAGGAAUCAAACUGUAAGGGCCACACAAUACCGGCUGAGCCUGUCAGAAGACGCUCAGCUGUUCCUCACCGGCUCCGUCUCCACGAUCCUCAUCCCUUCUUUCUACACGCUGGUGUGCUGCAUCAGCGUGCCCAUAAACAUCUUGGCGGUUCUGGCUUUCGCUCGGGGGAUCCGGCCCAAAAAGCCGGCGGCUAUCUACAUGCUGAACCUGGCCGCCACAGAUCUGCUUUUUGCCCUCCUGCUCCCCUUUAAGAUCUCCUACCACUUUGAAGGCAACAACUGGAGAUUUGGUGAGAUCAUGUGCCGCGGGGUGACGGCGGCUUUCUACUGGAACAUGUACUGCUCCGUCCUGCUGAUUGCAUGCAUCAGCGUAGACCGGCUUCUCGCUGUGGUCUACCCCAUCGACUCCCUGAGUUGGAGGAGGCCUCAAAACUCUGUCAAAGCCUGCAUAAGCAUGUGGAUCUUAUCCUUGGCUGGCUCAAUCCCUCUGGUGAUCUCCAAGCAGACCUUUGACCUCCCAGACCUGAACAUCACCACCUGUCACGAUGUCCAGGGUUCAGAAAGCAUGGCGUGGCUCAGGCUGUAUUUCAUCAUCCUCUGCUGUGCCCUCUUCUUCCUCCCUCUGCUGGUCACGGUGGUGUCCUACUUUCGGGUGGUUUGGAGCCUGAGCAGCGUUCCCGGGGGCAUUCCAGGAAACUCUCGCAGGAGAAGCCGAGCGGUGGUGAUGGUUCUGGUGGUGCUGGUGAUCUUCCUGCUGUGCUUCAUGCCCACAAACUGCCUGCUGCUGGCUCACUACCUGCUGUUUGACAGGGAACUGGAGAAGGACCGGGACACUCCGGAUGGAUCCUACGGACUGUACCUGCUCUUUAUGUGCUUGGGAAGUCUGAACUGCGUCCUGGAUCCACUCGUCUACUACUUUGGGUCGUCGCAGUGCCAGAGGCAACUCUCGGGCCUGCUGACGUGCGAGAAGAUCAAGGACAGGCGCGCCAUCUCCCACUCCAGCUCGGAUUCGUGUAGAUCCAGCAAAAGAGCCAUUCUCAAAUCUAGCACCACAGAAAGCUCCAAGCUGAACUCUUCAAUUGUGAAAACAGACAUUCGGGAGGAAGGUCUCAACAGCCAGUACAGGAAGCUGCUGGUGUGACCAAUGAGUUAUUUUUUACCCUUUAAAAAAAACUGACAGCGAUUUUAUGAAGCGAUUGCAUGGGCCCCCUUCAGCGGAUGCUUUUAUUCCACGACAAAGACAAGCAACUAUUCUGAGCUCAUGACACUAAAUGAAGUAAAGGCUAAAGCAGGAAGGACAUUUAGAUUAGAAAGGCGUGCAUCACAGGCUUCUGGCUUUGCUCUCCAUCUGAGUUUUUGCUAAAUAUGAUGUUAGUUAAAGGAAGGAAACUGCUCCCCUUUUUGCAGAUAAGCCGGCCUUCGAAUUUAGCACUUAUAUUACCAAGGGAAGGCUCUCUGUAAAUGCCUAUUUCUUAUUUUUUUAUUUUAUAUUUUUGCAGUUUUACCUUUUAAUAAAUGCUUUCUACUCUC